CCGCCGUGUCCCGUCCUUAACACCCCUUCUUUUUAGUUUCUUCCAGUCCCACCGGCUCUAGCUCGCCUGACUUUAGAGGUCACAUGACCCAACCUAGGGGAGAGGAGGGGGGGAUCGACUAGUCACGUGCUCCGUGUCACGUGGUGCGCGGCACGUCGAACUUGGGUGUCAUUUACUACUUAGAAAAGGAAGUCGCUGCCGAGAGUGAAACCGGGAGCGGGGACGAGGUCAGAGCUGAUGGUGCAGAGACCCACAGAAGCCUCGUUACUAUGAGUCUCGUGAACUCCAGCUUUGAGCCGUGGGAUUCAGAUGACGCUUGCUGCGGGGCGAUGGCCGCUUGUGCAUUGAACACCAAGGAGGAUGUCGCCAGUCCCUCCGUGGAGCCCCCCGGGGGGAACCCCUCCAGCCUGGUCAUGGAGGAGACGCAGGGGUACGAUGUGGAGUUUGACCCCCCUCUAGAGAGCAAGUACGAGUGUCCCAUCUGCCUCAUGGCACUGAGGGAGCCGCUGCAGACCCCGUGCGGCCACCGCUUCUGUAAAGCUUGCAUCUUGAAGUCUAUAAGAGAUGCGGGAUCAAAGUGUCCUGUGGAUAACGACCUCCUCCUGGAGAACCAGCUCUUCCCGGACAACUUUGCCAAACGGGAGAUUCUUUCCCUUACUGUGAAAUGUCCGAGCCAGGACUGCGUGGCCAAGAUGGAGCUGAGACAUCUGGAGCAUCACUUGGCGGCCUGUCAGUUUGCCAGCGUGGAGUGCGGACUAUGCCAGCAAUUCUUCCAGAGGAGCCAGCUGCAGCAGCACAUGGAGGACGAGUGUCCCAGGCGGCUGGUGUCAUGUGAAAACUGUCUGGUGGAGAUGUCCUACGAGGAGAGGCUGGGUCACGAGCAGACCUGCCCCCUGGCCUAUGUGACAUGUGAAUACUGCCAGACUGAUCUCGCCCGGAAACAGCUGGCCGAUCACUAUGACAUGGACUGCUACAAGGCUCCAAUUCCAUGUACCUAUAGUCACUUUGGAUGCAAAGAAAAGAUGCAGAGGAACGAUCUUGCUCGGCACUUGCAGGAGUUCACCCAGGCUCACAUGCGAAUGAUGGCGCAAACCCUGAGAAGCGUUAGCAGUUCCUUCACACCGACCUCUAUAGACCCUAACCAGUUUGAAGCCGCUCCGCCAUCUUUUCCAGUGCCGUCUUUACCUCAUGACUCCAGCCAGCAAACCCAGAGCAUGAAGGAGACCAUUGAACAGCUGGAAGCGCGUCUGGUGAUUCAGGACCAUCAGAUCCGUGAGCUCAUAGCCAAAAUGGAAAACCAGACUUCCGUGGUGACAGAGUUGAAAAACACAAUCCGUUCCUUGGAGGACAAGCUCAUGGAGGUAGAAGCACAGCAGUACAAUGGCGUCUUCAUAUGGAAGAUCAAUCAUUUUAGCGCUCACCUGAGGAACCAGGAAGAGGAGAGACCAGUGGUCAUCCACAGUCCUGGAUUUUACACAGGAAAACCAGGCUAUAAGCUUUGCCUUCGAAUGCACCUGCAGUUGCCCAGCGCACCUCGUUGUGCCAACUACAUCUCCCUCUUCGUGCACACCAUGCAGGGCGAAUACGACCACCUCCUUCAAUGGCCUUUUCAGGGAACCAUCCGGCUCUCCAUUCUGGACCAGUCUGAAGGAUCCGGUAUACAGGACCAGGAGGAAGUUAUGGACACUAAACCAGACUUGUUGGCCUUCCAGAGGCCAACCAUGGCCCGCAACCCAAAAGGCUUUGGUUAUGUCACCUUCAUGCCAAUCCAAACCUUAAAACAGAGGAUGUUCAUUAAAAACGACACGUUGCUCGUGCGCUGCAUCGUCACCACCCAAGCAGAACUGAACAGCCCUCGCCGGGAGGGAUUCCACCCACGCAACAGCGACGGGUCAACCCCAUAGUCUAUUGUGGUGGAGAGGACUUGAGUACAAAGCUUGGUUCUAAUGAAUGUUCUCAGUGAGGGUCAUUCAGCCAUGUUCCUUCCUUUUAAGACUAUGCAGAGUUUCUGAACUCGAGUUUAGAGAACUGUUGGCGAGAAGAUUGUAUAUUAAAUGUAUUUCGACCUGGGCUCUGCCUUCUUGCAGUAUGACAUUUUAUGCUGGAUACGUUUUGGUUUAUAAGAAACGGAAAAAAAAAACUGAAAAAAAAAACUUAAUUGGGAUUC